CGAUCACAUUGACAGCUCAGAGAUCACAAUAGGCGAUACAUGGAAUUGCUUUCUAUUCAGAGGAAUUCUUCCGUCAACGUGUGGGUCGGUCACAACACAUUGCUGGGAAGAGGUGUCGUAACAAUAGGCUAUUGAGAAGAUCACUUGGCCAAGAUGGGCGAUUCGAAAGGAACAGAAGCUCAGGGGAGUUCCCCGCCUUCAGGAACCAUCGCGAAGUUGACCUGCGACAUUCUCAAUGAGACAUUCUACAACAUCAUCCAUGAUAUCGUUGCUCAAGUUCAUCGCGAUGAAAAGGUCGCUCGCAUGCGCUCCGCAGUGGUUGUUGCCAGACAGAAAGCCGAAGAAGAAGGAGCCAGGCGUCGUGAAGAUGCAGGUGUCAAGGCUACGGGAUCCGUGGACUCAGAAGACCUCAAGGACAUCCGAGUAGAAACGGAUGGUGCGGUGUUCGAGGACGGCAAGGUCUUUCUCAAAGGCAAUCCUCUCCAGACAACAAAGGAGAUUAUCUGUCCUGAUUGUCGCCUGCCACGUCUGCUAUAUCCAGUAAUAGGAGUCGGCGCUCGUCCGCCUCCAGAUCCGUAUCGCGAAUACUGUCAGAAUCAGCCACUGAUCACAAAACCUGGACACGAUGUGCACGGGAAUCCCUUCGCUACGGACAAAUUGAACCCAAAGAAGAAAAAGCAGACUAACGCUUCCAAUACUCCCGCGUCCAGCCCUCCGACCACUCCUGAUAGCUCUUUCAACAAGACCCAGGAGAAGGUGUCAUAUCCCACUGUGAAAUGUCCCAACUGUCCGAGAUACUUUGUGGUGACGCGAGUUGCUCAGCAUCUGGACCGUUGCAUGGGUCUAUCGGGUCGACAGACCAAUCGUAACAAAACGCCCAUGGAGAAUGGCAACGGCUCUCCGAGCACUGGACCUCCGAAGCGUCCACUGGCGGACGAUGACGCACCACCGCCUUUGACGAAAAAGAAGAAGCUCAACACACACAAAAAGCUAUCUGGAAAGAAACCACCCCUACCUCCAAGUAGCAAACUGAGAAACGGUCUGACUCCUGAUAUGGCUGCAGCUGCGGAUGCGGCGGCCUCUGGGGAUGUUGACAUCAAACGUGAGGCGUAAGAUAACGCAUAAGCUUAUCAUCCUGCCUGGCCACCUUGACCUUGCUUUUUUCUGGAUCUGCAAGGUGACUUACUUGAGGAUGAAUCCUCUGGACAUAGUUUCCAUCCGAAGUUUUAUUUCCCUUGUCCUUAACGAUAUUGACGUAAAUAUUGGGCAUCAGAAGGCGUCAACAGGAACCUGCUCUGAUACUUUAAACAUGCCUGGCUGAAUGGUUUGGGACAUAUUUGGCGCCCUUUUUCUUUCUUUCUGUCGCUUUCUUCUGUCUCAUUUUGUGGCUUCUUUUACACUGGGAUAUUUGUUUUUCUUUGCUUGUCCGACCAGUUAGUCGUUGGCAUAGACGAUGGAGCACUGAUAUGUACAAUAGCCUGGCAACACCAGCCAGCUCCUCGAUAGUGCCCGCAUGGAACAUUGCUUGUG